UGCUCCUGAGCUGCUGUGCCCGGCUGCCUGCUGCUCAUCUAUCAGGAGUUCCCUUGCGUGUCAGCGUCCGUGUAGAGCCGAUCAUGCCUGGCAUCCUGCUGGGGGACGAGUUCCCAAACUUCGAGGCGGACACCACCUCCGGGAGGAUCAAAUUUCACGAUUUUCUGGGCGACUCUUGGGGUAUCUUGUUCUCCCACCCGGCGGAUUUCACUCCUGUGUGCACCACCGAGCUCGCCCGCGCCGCCAAACUCCGCGAUGAGUUCAAGAAGCGAGGGGUGAAGAUGAUCGCCCUGUCCAUUGACAGCGUCGAGGAUCACAAAAGUUGGGGCAAGGAUGUGAUGGCGUACGCCGAUGAGGCCGGCAGCCCUCUGCCUUACCCCAUCAUCGCCGAUGACAAGCGAGUGCUGUCAGUCCAGCUGGGCAUGCUGGAUCCUGACGAGAGAGACAAGGAUGGACAACCCCUGACUGCUCGUUGUCUGUUUGUGAUCGGUCCGGACAAGAAGCUGAAGCUGUCCAUCCUCUACCCGGCCACCACAGGGAGGAACUUUGACGAGAUCCUCAGAGUUAUUGACUCUCUGCAGCUGACGGCACAGAAGAAGGUGGCCACACCCGUCGACUGGAAGCCUGGUGAGAAAGUCGUGGUUGUACCCUCACUCUCAGAUUCUGAAGCGACCACUCUCUUCCCCAAUGGAGUAACAACCAAAGAGAUGCCAUCUGGGAAGAAAUACCUGCGCUACACUCAGAUCUGAAGAUGGAGAAAUAAAAAUAUACCUUGCCCAUA